ACAUUUCAAUUCGCCAAAAGAGACUGAGACUGAGCGUCAGCAAAAGCCCGCUUCUUAUUGUAUAUUACUCAAAGAUUAGUUAGUAGCAAUUCUAAACUCUAACUGUGAAAAUGUUACAAAAUCGGAAGAUUUCUUUACUCAUAAUAUGUCUAAUAAUCGCAAUCGAGUACAGCGAACAACGCCAACAAGGCCAAGGUCAAAUACAACAAGGCCGUCAAAAAGUUUCGCAACAACUGCAGCAUCAGCAACAACAGCCUCAAACGAGGCAAAUAGACCACAGAACAAUUCAAGAACGAGAACAUAAAGCAAGAGAAAUAUUAAAAUAUAUGAAUUUAGAAGGUGAUGCCUGUAAAGAUUUCUAUGAUUAUGCCUGUGGCAAUUGGUUGCAAGAACAAAACACUGAUAUGGCCAGUGAAGGUGAACUGAUAAGUGUCCAAAGCCAAAUGGAGCAAUUUGUUAAUAAACAAUUACAGGCCAUACUAAAUGAACCGAUAGUGUCCCAAGAAGCAAUGGGUAUAAAAGUGGCCAAAGAUUUUUAUAAAUCAUGUUUAAGAGUACCGGCUAGUUCACCAGCACAAAGAAAUUUUAUGCACACUUUCAUUUCACAUCAUGGUGGUUUGCCCGAUAUAAAUCGUAUCAAUUGGGAUGCCAACAACUAUAAUUGGAUUCAUGUAAUAGCCGAUUUGCGCAGAAAGUAUGGACUUGAUAUUUUAAUUGGCCUAACAAUUGACCGCACUACCCCCAAUCAUAAAGCUAUCUAUAUUGAGGAACCACGUACGACUUUAUUGCCAGUGGAAUUGUGCAGUUCUUUAGCUGCUCGUGAAAUAGAUGAAAAAGAUCAAGUAUUUGAUAAGAUACAAGGUGAAAUUAAAGAUAAUUUACGUAAAUUUUCUGAAAUUACCGAAUCAAAUGCUUUACGUAUAUCGGGUGCUAUAUUACGUUUUGAAUUUGAUUUGUGUAAAUAUAUGCGUAUGGAUCAGCUGACAACUCCAUUGGAUGAGGAAGGGGAAAUGGCAUUAAAUUCAAACAGAAGAGGUCAUCCGGCUCGUAUUGUGGAAAAUCGAAUGCAUGGUGUUCGCCAGAGUGCCACCAAUACCUUACAAAGCUUAAACAGUCUAUCAGAUACUUAUCAAAUAAAUUUUAAGGAAUUCAUUGAUCGCAGUUUAGAUACGGGUACAAUAUCUCAAGUUUACUUCCGUUCCGAAGAGUAUUUCAAACAGUUAAGUCAUAUAUCCAAGAAGGGUCUGCAGGCAUCAUUUGCCCAUUACAUUAUGUAUCGGGCUCUAACGGAAAUUAAUUUCCCCCUUAACGAACGCAAUGAACAGAGACCAUUUUAUUGUGCCAACCAGGUCAUGCGUUACUUGCCUCAGGUAUUAAGCAAAGUUUACAGCGAUAAAUUCACCCAGUUGGAAGUCAAACAGGAUAUACAGGAAAUGUCUUACAUUAUCAAAAUGGUUUUCUCUAAAUACCUACAAACCGAUGUGCAGUGGAUGACCGAGAAUACAAAAAGAGCCAUAAAACUGAAAUUAAAUACUUUGAAAAUCACCUUUCCUUUUUAUCAACCAAACGCGGACAUCUUAAGAGGUCUACCGUUGCAUGAUGAUCAAGAUUAUUGGCACAAAUUGGAAACCUUAAUGAUGUAUAAUGCCAAUCAAACAGUUCAGCAAGUACGACUGACCAAUGAUCAUUUCAAUUACAUUGAAGCUCCAGCUGUAAGCAUACAACAAAAACCUUUAGCUUACGAAAUAGUGGUCGGUUAUGGUCUGCUACAAAAGCCCUUUUAUUCUCCCUCCUAUGCCAACUCACUUAAAUACUCCUCCAUCGGAGUGGCGAUAGCUAGAGAAAUUAUAAAAAUUUUCGAUCACCAAGGUUUGCUUCAACAUCCCAUGAAUACUUUUCCCUACGAUCCCACUACUAUGGAUAAUUUUCCUCUUAUUAGCGAAUGCUUUCGUGUCCAAAUGAGCAAUCAUUUUCAUAAUAAUCCAAAUGUUUUUCGAAAUGCUACCAAAUUACGUGAAAUUAUGGUGGAAACAAGCGCUUUAAAUAUUGCUUUUACAGCCUAUAUAAACUGGUUACAGCAAGACGGUCGACCAAGAAGAGAACUGGAAUUGGAGACAUUGCCUGAUGUAAAUUUCACAAACACACAAUUAUUUUUUAUUAAUUUUGCUCAGACCCAUUGUGCCGCACGUCACAAGGUUGAAUUGGCACCUGAAUUUUUACCUUUAUAUCGUCGUACAAUGGAACAGUAUGAUAUUAAUGGACCAAUAAGUAAUAAUGUCGAAUUUGGCCGAGAUUUUAGUUGUGAGCUGGGUGCCGAAAUGAAUUUGGAUGAUAAAUGUUUGUUGUAUUGAAAAUAUGUAAUUUUUAGAAUAAAACAAAAAAUAUAAUAAUAUAAAAUAAAUUUUAAUGUUUAA